UUUCAUGUCAUCAUAGUGUACCGCACCAUGGAGUAGCACACUUGUUCCGAUGAGGGGAUGACGUCGACGACUAGCGGCAUCAUGGAAGACGUCAGGAUCGGGAGCUUCGAUGCCGCCGGCGUGUACCCGACCACGCUGCCGACCCGAGGAUGCUCACUGAACGAGACAAAAAAAAAAAAAAAAAAACACGACGAGCCGUCGUGCUUCAGGAAGAGCUUGAACCCAAUCUACAGAAACCACGACACGGUCGGCUCCAAUUCCAUGGCUGCGGCGGCGAGCUCCACCUCAGCCACGGCAAGUCCUGCAGCAGCGGCGGCAUGGAGGAGCGACGACAGCGGGGGCAGCCCGGCCCCCGCGGUGCUCGCGCGGCGACACACUGGCACUGGGGACGGCCGGUGGGAUGCCAUCUGCGCGGCGGAGCCCCCCCUCCCCCUGAGCCUGGGCCACUUCCGGCUCCUGAAGCGGCUAGGGUACGGCGACAUUGGCAGCGUGUACCUCGUCGAGCUCCGUGGCCACGGUGCGCUGUUCGCGAUGAAGGUGAUGGACAAGGGGUCCCUCGCCGGCCGGAACAAGCUGGCCCGCUCACAGAUGGAGCGCGAGAUCCUCGGCCUGCUCGACCACCCCUUCCUGCCCACGCUAUACUCCCACUUCGAGACCGACAAGUUCUGCUGCCUCCUCAUGGAGUACUGCAGUGGCGGCAACCUCCACUCGCUCCGGCAGACGCAGCCCAACAAGCGCUUCACCGAGGAAGCCGCCAGGUUUUACGCGUCUGAAGUUCUGCUUGCGCUGGAAUACCUGCACAUGCUGGGCGUGGUGUACGUGUACCGCGACCUCAAGCCCGAGAACGUGCUUGUCAGUGAGGAAGGCCACAUCAUGCUCUCCGACUUCGACCUCUCCCUGCGGUGCUCCGUCAGCCCGGCGCUCGUCCGGUCCCCGUCCGGCCGUGGUGGCGGCAGCCUCGCCCACGGCUGCAUGCUCCCGCGCAUCCUGCCGGCCAAGAGGAGCAAGAAGAAGAAGGGGGACAAGGACAAGGACAAGCUGGGCGAGCCGGUGACAAGAGGCAGCAAGAAGCUGCUGCCGACGUCGCUGGAGUUCACAGCCGAGCCGACGGGCGCGCGGUCGAUGUCGUUCGUGGGCACGCACGAGUACCUGGCGCCGGAGAUCAUCCGCGGCGAGGGCCACGGCAGCUCCGUCGACUUGUGGACCUUCGGUGUCUUCCUGUACGAGCUACUGCACGGCGCCACGCCGUUCAAGGGAUCAGGGAACCGCGCCACGCUGUUCAACGUCGUCGCGCAGCCGCUUCGGUUCCCCGACGUGCCGGCCGUCAGCACCGUGGCCAGGGAUCUCAUCGGGGGCCUGCUGGCCAAGGAACCGCAUAACCGGCUCGCGUACCGGCGCGGCGCCACGGAGGUCAAGCAGCACCCCUUCUUCGAGGGUGUAAACUGGGCGCUGGUGAGGAGUGCACAGCCGCCCUUCAUCCCCGACGCUUCCUUUGACCACGGCUCCCGGUUCACCGGCGACGCCAUGGACGGAGCAGCUCAAGGCUGCACGCCGAAGAGUGCCGGCCGGAAGACCAGCUCGCGUCAUACUGAUUCGUCGCAUGUUGAUUUUGAGUACUUUUAG